UCCACUUUCUACUUAUAUUUAUAUUUUACCUUUUAAGUGCCACCCCCUCAUUUUUCCCUCUAUCUGGCACCAUCCCAGCAGCCGCCGAGAUCCACACAGUCUCAUAGAUUAAGGCCGCUUACUUAGUUAUCUGUAUGCGAAGCAGUUUCUGCAGUUUACGUAUUUACUGCUUUUCCCUCUUGAUACUGCAUUUUGGCUUUAUAGAUUAGAAUCGUACUUAGCUUUAGUUAUUUUAAUCCAAAUGUGUUACGUCUUGGACAUAACUUGUAUUAUGUCAUAAAAGACUUAAAACGACCGUGCGAACUAAAUCGCAGACGGAUCACUUUACAAAACAACUUACGCGCGUAAACUAAAGAAAAAUUAUAAAAGACCAUGUCAACCGUGCGAAAGUCGAUGUAGUCGCCUCACAGAGUUGUUAUGAACACAAACAAUGGCCCUGCCGGUCGUUGUUCUGAUUUCUUUCCUUUAUCUUGCUAACGGAUAUCAGUACCAAACACAGUGCUUGUUGUUCAAUAAGAAAUGUGUAAGUUUCUGCCCUCGCCAAAUGCAUCCGUACCAUACACGAUGCGAUAGGAAUACUGUGUCGCAGAGAACCUGUGACUCGCCACACAUAUUCGAAAUCGGCUACACGUGCGGUUGGUCAAGAUGCGACUGUAAUGGUGAGUUAGUGUUAGACGAAGACACCGGAGACUGUAUAACUUUGGAGAGCUGUCCUUCAAAAUUUCACAAAACCAGAAAGGGGAGACGAAGACGGCGGAAGCCACGAAAACCGUACGGACUGUCUAGACAACUUAGGAUUCAUGAAGACGACGACAAUGUGGACAAAAUGGUUCUCUAAUUGGAUUCGUGGAAACUUGUAAUGCAAUAAAAGUUAUGUUUAUA